AUGGAAGCUGAAACUCCCAAUGUUUUCGGCACGAAAUCAAGAUCACCAGUUAAAAACCUGGCCGAAGAUAAUGAGGACCUGUUGCACGAUAUGUGUAACCUCGUCCGACAAGGCUUGGUCGAGAGACUCAAGCGACUUAUUUGGGAACGUCUCGAUGAGACACGCGUGUUGAUUAACACUGUGGCGGAUGCAGAACUUUCUUGUCUUCACCAAGCAGCCCGUAGACAUGAUUUGGAUUGUGUCAAAACAUUAAUUGAAUUCGCCAAAGCAGCCCAUCAGAUGGAAGCUGAAACUCCCAAUGUUUUCGGCACGAAAUCAAGAUCACCAGUUAAAAACCUGGCCGAAGAUAAUGAGGACCUGUUGCACGAUAUGUGUAACCUCGUCCGACAAGGCUUGGUCGAGAGACUCAAGCGACUUAUUUGGGAACGUCUCGAUGAGACACGCGUGUUGAUUAACACUGUGGCGGAUGCAGAACUUUCUUGUCUUCACCAAGCAGCCCGUAGACAUGAUUUGGAUUGUGUCAAAACAUUAAUUGAAUUCGCCAAAGCAGAUGUCAAUUUGAAAGCCAAAGAUGGUCUGACUCCGUUACAUUUUGCAGCAAAAUACGAAAAGAUCCUUCCUAAAGACCAGCCACGAAAGAAAUCUGUGCCGAUGAUCCGUCUGGUGGAAAACGCCUACAAUGUCAACGAACCAAACAACGAGAUUUUCGAUGAAAUCAUACAAUACUUGUAUCAAAGUGGAGCGAACCUUGAGAAACCAGAUCAGAAUGGAAUGACUGCCCUCCACUAUGCGGCUAGUCGCAAUAAUUUAUCUGCAGCCAGACAACUGAUUGUGUUGGGAGCAUACUUGGAGUGUAAAGACAACGAAAACAUGACUCCCCUGCUACUGGCCGUACGUGACAACCAUUUGGAUGCAGUUCAAAUGCUAUUGAACGCCGGUGCCAACGGGCUCACUGUUGAUCGAUAUGGAUGUAACAUUCUUCAUCAUGCUUGCCACAACGGUGACGUCCACGUACUAGACUUCCUGCAGACUUACUUGAGCAAGACCCACGGAUCGGAGUGUACUUUAGGAAUGCUGAAUUCAAUAAACAACAAAGGACAAACCCCGGUACAUUUGGCAAUACUCAGCAAGUCCGUACCAAUAACAGAAAUCUGUAUUCAACUAGGUGCGGAUCUAUCAAUUCAAACAAACAAGGGAGAGUCCGUGUUGCACCUGGCUGCGCGUUCUGGGAAUAUCCCAGUUGCGGAGAUGUUGCUCGGUCGUGGAUCAGCUGUAAAUGCCAUCGAUAACGAGGGGAGAACGCCAAUUUUUGAUGCCAUUCAGUGUGAUCAUCCAUACCUGAUGGAGGUGUUGUUGCACAGCGGAGCAACGAUUGACCAUUUGGACAAAGAAGAAAUUACUCCACUGUUACUGGCUGCAAAGCUCGGACGGCUGGAAAUUUGCCGCAUACUCAUUGACCUCAAAGCAUCUGUUGACAUGGAAGACAAACGCUGGAGAACUCCACUACAUUUGGCUGUAGAAGGAAAACAUAGAGAUCUAGUUGAGCUGCUCCAAAACACUGAAGAAGGUUCUGCCCUUAUUGAGCGAGAAGACAUUGGACAAAACAGACCGAUUCAUGCAGCAGUUCGAACUGGAAGCCUGGCAGUGACAAAGUUUUUGUUGGACGUUGGAGCCAACGUAAUGGUGAAAAACGCAAACGAACACACCCCAUUACAUGUUGCUGCUAUCCACGGGCGUUUCGGGAUUGUGGAGAUGCUUCUAACACGGACUCCGCUAGUGGCCUACGAACGGGACGAGGACGGCAACUACGCAGUGCAUCUAGCGGCUAAGCAUGGUUUCACACAGGUGCUGAAGGUUAUCUUGGAACAUACACAUCAGCUCAAUGAGCGUAACACUUCAGGCUGGACGCCGCUUACAUUUGCUGCCGGUUACAAUCGUCCGGAAUGUGUCAAAUUAUUGAUUGAUCAAGGUGCAAAGAUUGACUCGAUGGACAAAUCAAAUAUGACACCACUGUUUAUGGCCUGUCGUGGUGGACACGUGGAUGUAGUCAACCUGCUGUUGGACGCAGGAGCAGAUCCCGGACUUUGCGUUACAAUGUAUCAUAAACAGUAUGCCGGUUGGAACGCUUUGGAUAUCGCGAUUGACGCAAACCACUUUGCUUGCGUCCAAGCCAUCCUGAAAAGUAAUAUGUGGGAAUCGGCACUACGGAACGAAACCUAUGAGAACCGCGUUACGGUGAAUACACCACUACGCAAGAUGAUAAGUGAUAUGCCAGCUGCGGCCGAAAUCGCCUUAUCACGAUGCAUUCAAAGAAAUUCUGCUCCAAGACACGCUGCAGAUCAUACAAUCACCUUCAAGUUUGAGUUUUUGGAUGACUGUAUGGGUGUGGAUGAAACACGAAAUCGCUUGUUUGGAAAGAUUGGGGCUCACGAAUCAGAUAUGAAGUCCCUUCUUGCCACUGAAGAUAUCGAACAUAAUAAUGAUGAAGUUCCAGCAAAUUCCAGUGGCUUGAAAGAACACUUUGUCUUUGAUAGUCCUACAAAAAAAGAACAAAACCAAGUGGUGAAAAUGGACAAGAUGAAGCGUGUUCACCCAGUCAAGGAGAUGUUGUUGAAUGAUCGGGAAGAUCUUUUAAACCACCAGCUGGUGCUCGCCUUGCUUGCAUUCAAAUGGAGUCGAUUCUGUUUCCUCUACUACGGCGGCCUGGUCGCCUACGUGUUGUUCCUCUGUCUGUUUUCCGCUUUCAUGCUACAAACACAACCACCAUACAUGCUCUAUCCUGAAGAGAACAUGACAACCGUGGAGAUUUGUGAGCUGUUACGCAACACAAGUACCAAAGCCUAUUCCUAUCACAUCACAGUUCCGAAGUAUGGCGUUCUGGUUUUGUCCACUGUCUGUCUCUUGCUCGAAAUCUUUCAGUUUCUACGUGCGAGACUACGGUACAUCACUCUGGGUAACCUACUUGAAGUUACUAUUUACAGUUUGGCGCUCUGUACAACAGCUGACACUGAUUGGUGUAUGUACGAGACUGGAUUACGAACGAAAUGGCAAUGGGCCACUGGAUCGGUUGGGAUCUUUCUUGCCUGGGUCAACCUCCUACUUUUCAUACGCUCGGGGUUGAAGGUGGGAAUAUUUGUCAUCAUGUUCGUCGUCGUGAUGAAAACGUUCGCCAAAUUCUUCCUUGUUUUUUCGCCAUUCCUACUUGCCUUUGCACUGUCGUUUCAUGCCCUGUUGGCUAAUCAAAUCCCGUUUAGAGACCUGAAAAAUGCCGUAGUCAAAACGUUUGGAAUGGUCAUUGGUGAAUUGGACACGAAUGCGAUCAUGUUCGAACGAUUCGAAUCUACGGACGUAGAAAAGCAGGUGUAUUUUGCGACCAUUACAUACAUAAUUUUUGUGGGCUUCAUUUCCAUCAUGUCGAUUGUAAUGAUGAAUCUUUUGGUCGGUCUUGCGGUAGACGACAUCAAAGGAGUUCAGAGAAAGGCGCAGUUCAAAUGUCAGGAAAUGAGGAUUGAGCUGAUUUUCUCCGCCGAAGGUCUACUUUCAAGAUUUGGACGCAAAACCUACACUGUGCGCAACUACAUUUACAGACCAAACUAUACUAGUGGCUUUCUCAGUCGAAUGUUUCAUCGAUUUUACGUUCAGUCCAUGAAAACAGCAAAGGAAAUUGCAGAAAUACAGGCGA